AGAAGCGCAUUCAUUGGCCACUCGAGUAACUGUACUCCCGUUGUAAACACAGCGACGUAAACAUUUUAUAGAAAUCUGUGAAUGACAGUUUUUUUAAUACUGAUAAUGUGUCUGUAUUCGUUAACGGUCAUUAUUCUACCUAUCAUUCCAUGCAGAAAAGUUAGUUAAUCAUCAUAUACCAAUGGAGUUGAACGGCUGCCCCUGUGACGGCGAUGGAUGUGCGGAGGAGCAAGAAGAUUCUCGAUCAAAGGCUGAGGCGGCUUGUAGCAUCACUGCUACACCGAGUGCUAACGGCGCAGCGGCAGACGGCGGUGCCCUCAGAGAGCCGCGAGUAGCAAAAUCGACUCCGGCGAUGAUGAGGCUCGAUUCGCUGAAAAAGAACAGGCCGCCUUUUCCAUGGUUUGGUAUGGACAUUGGCGGCACAUUGGUGAAGCUGGUCUACUUUGAGCCGAAAGACAUUACAGCAGAAGAAGAACAGGAGGAGGUUGAAAGUCUGAAAAGCAUCCGUCGUUACCUCACCUCACAUACUGCCUAUGGCAAAACGGGUAUUCGAGAUGUCCACCUGGAGCUCUCGGAUCUCACUCUUUGGGGUCGCAAGGGCAACCUGCACUUCAUCCGCUUUCCCACUCAUGAGCUGCCCGCCUUCCUGCAGAUGGGCCGAGACAAGCACUUCUCCAGCUUGCACACCACUCUUUGUGCCACUGGAGGUGGCGCGUUUAAGUUUGAAGAUGACUUUCGAACGAUGGCCAAUCUGCAGCUUUUGAAGAUGGACGAGCUGGACUGCCUGAUCAAGGGGGUUUUGUACAUGGUCUCAAGUGGUCCAUCUGAAUGUUACUACUUUGAGAACCCAACCGAUCCAGAGCGUUGUGAGCAAAAAGCUUACAACCUGGAGAACUGUCCUUUUCCUCUGCUGCUGGUUAACAUUGGCUCGGGGGUUAGCAUAUUAGCUGUAUACUCCAAAGAAAACUACAAGCGGGUCACUGGAACUAGCCUUGGUGGUGGUACAUUCCUUGGGCUGUGUUGCCUGUUAACGGGAUGCUCCACCUUUGAGGACGCAUUGGCAAUGGCCUCUGAAGGGGAGAGUACACGUGUAGAUAAACUAGUGAGGGAAAUCUAUGGUGGAGACUAUGAAAGAUUUGGCUUGCCAGCAUGGGCUGUUGCCUCCAGUUUCGGGAACAUGAUGUGCAAAGAGAAGCGAGACUCCGUCUCUAAAGAGGAUUUGGCUAGAGCUACACUCGUCACCAUUACAAACAACAUUGGCUCAAUCACCCGCAUGUGUGCACUUAAUGAGAAUAUUGAAAGAGUGGUGUUUGUUGGAAACUUUCUGCGAGUGAACACACUAUCCAUGAAGUUGCUGGCUUAUGCUUUGAACUACUGGAGCAAAGGACAACUCAAAGCUCUGUUCCUCAGACAUGAGGGAUAUUUUGGUGCGGUUGGAGCCCUUUUGGAGUUAUCAAACCCAUCUUGAUCUAUCUAUUUUCUUAGUUGAUGGCUUAACCAAAACUCCAAAUAUAUACAAACCAAAGAUUUAUCUGUGUUACACCUAUUAUAUGUCAAUGUUAUGCUAUCUGUCUUCUAAAAGUUGGGAUAAAUCAUAUGCCAAUACCAGUGUUGGGUAUUGUUGCUAACUUAAUAAAUGGCUUAUUAUAGCCUUUAGUUCCUUGUUUGUGAACCCAACAAUCAGCUAAAUUGAAAGCUCAUAAAGGAAAAAAGCCAGUAAGGUCUGACUUAUAUCAACUUAAUUUUUUUAGACCUGAUCAGCAUCCGUUGCAUUUGUUAUGCUAUAAUGUGUCCGCUGUCAUACUGUACUAUUUUUUUCUAGACAGGAUUUAGUAAAGAUUGAUUUUGUACCAUACAGCAAAACAGGUUAUGGUGAUAGCAUCAAUGCAAAGAAUGCAAAAGAAGUGCUGCACGGGGAGUGAAUUCCUAAUCUCUGUGCUUUUUGAAUGUAAGGAAUGCUUCAACUCAAUAAAUAAAAAAUUCCCAAGGCUCCCGAAUGGUGUGGAAAAAGCUAAAAACCCUUUAAUUCAUCACCCUGAUAAAAGCUUUUAAGCCACAACGCGUAGGUGUAUUUGUCACCUGUUUUUUGCAAGAUUAUGCCAUGAUGAAUUAAAGGCUUUUGAAAUUUUUCUACACCAUUCGAGUGCCUUGGAAUUUCUUUAUUUGUUAUGUUGAUAGUCAUGUUUUUAUUUUAUUAUUUUGUUUUCUGAUGAGUAAUUAUAUACUUUAUUUUUGUAGAGGUCUGAAGCAUAAAAAUAGCACUUUUUCGGAGUCUGAAUAUUAUGGAUAACCUCCACUCAGACCUCUUAGCUUACAUUGUGGUUGUAAAAAAACAAUGUUGUGUUACUUGCCAGCGUUUUACAAAAAAGGGACCAGGGACCACCAAGCUUUUUUGAAUGUUAUGAGGGAGAUCUAAAACUUUAAGCUUUAAACUUUUCUAAAAAGAGUAGACAGUAAAUAUAAAGUGCCUUGAUGAUAGUAGUGCUGCUUAAGCUUUUAGGUUGUGUUCUUUUGCAAAACUACUUUGUACCUUUUAUAAAUGAAAUGCAGUUUUAUUUUGUAAUAAAACGUAUAAAGUACAAUAAAA